AUGGUUCUGCUCUUCAAAUUGAAGAACCUCAGAUUGAGUUGUUCAUUAUUUUCUUGCUCAUUUGCUUCCAAAACUAGAAGCUUUGUGGUUGGAGACCUAAAACCCUCGCAUUUCACUCUUCAUCCUCAGUUUAUUUGCAGAUACUUCACCACCGAAAUCUCACCAACCCAAAACGAUUUCACAGUCACUUACCUCAUAAACUCAUGUGGGUUGUCCCCAGAAGAUGCAAUUUCAGCGUCCAAGAUGGUCAAGUUGAAAGCCCCAGACAGAGCAGACUCUGUUUUGGCCCUUCUGAGAAGCCAUGGCCUCUCUCAACCCCAAAUCUCAAAGGUUGUCAAGUGUUGCCCAAGAGUUCUUUCAUCCUGUCCCGAGAAAACCCUUUCGCCCAAGCUUCAGUUUUUCAGCUCUGUCGGAGUUUCAAGGGAGGACCUUGCAAGAUCUGUGGCCACUAAUCCAUUGCUCUUGACAGUAAGCUUGAGGGAACGGAUUGAACCCACUUAUAAUUUCCUUAGGAGUAUGAUUUCUGAGAAAAAUAUUGUUACUGUUUUCAAGCGCCGGUCGCGGGUUUUCUUGGGCAAUCACUGCAACGAUGUGGUGCUAAAUAUUGGGCUUUUGAGAGAACUGGGUAUGCCUCAAUCUUCCAUUUCUGUGUUACUAUCUCAUUACGUUCAUGUUGUGAUGAACGAGCAUAACAAGUUUGGUGAAGUUGUGGGUGAGGUUAAGGAAAUGGGAUUUAAUCUGGAAAGUUCGAAUUUUGUGUUUGCACUAAACGCAUUGUGUGGUAAGAACAGUAAGUCAAUAUGGAAACGCAGUCGUGAAGUUUAUAUGAGGUGGGGUUGGUCUGAGAAUGAUGUUCUUUCUGCUUUCAGGAAAAAUCCGGAGUUUAUGAUUAUGUCGGAGAAGAAAAUAAUGCGAGUAAUGGAAUUUUUAGUGAACAAGAUGGGAUGGCCGUCAGGGAUGAUUGCCAAAUACCCGUGGGUUACGCGUCACAGUUUGGAGAAGAGAAUAAUCCCAAGGUGUUUGGUUGUUAAGGUUUUGUGGUUGAAAGGUUUGAUAGAUGAAAACUUGACUUUGGGAUAUGUGAUUCAACCUGACGAGAAGCUCUUCGUGGAGAGGUUUGUGACCAAAUAUCAAAAUGAAGUACCUCAGUUGUGGAAUGUGUACCAAGGGAAAGUUGAAAUCGAGGAUGUAUGA